CCGCUCCCCGGCCCGGCCCCGCUCCCCGGCCCCGCUCCCCGGCCCCGCUCCCGGGCCCCGCUCCCGCCCGCAGCGCUCGGCGGCGGCCCCGGCCGCUUCCCGCGCCGCCAGGGGAGGUGAGGGCGGGCUCUGCGCUGCCGCCCCCAGCCCCUCCGCGCCGCCGCCGCCGCAGCCAUGACCACGGAGGACGAGAUCAUCCGCAUCGCCAAGAAGAUGGACAAGAUGGUGCAGAAGAAGAACGCGGCUGGAGCUCUUGAUUUAUUGAAGGAGCUUAAGAAUAUUCCCAUGACCCUUGAGUUGUUACAGUCUACCAGAAUUGGCAUGUCAGUGAACGCAAUACGCAAGCAAAGCACAGAUGAAGAAGUUACAUCUUUAGCAAAAUCUCUUAUCAAAUCUUGGAAGAAACUGUUGGAUGGACCUUCAACUGAUAAAGAUUCAGAAGAAAAAAAAAAGGAGCCUGCAUCUUCCUCACAAAACAGCCCUGAGGCAAGAGAAGAAAGCAGUUCAAGUAGCAAUUCCAGCAGCAGGAAGGAGGAGGGUAGUGCUCCCUCAAAUUCUUUCAUCCCUUCUUUUCCCCGGGCUCCAAGCACUUCGGAUUCUGUACGAGUGAAAUGUAGAGAAAUGCUCUCUGCAGCUCUCAGAACAGGAGAUGAUUACAUUGCUAUUGGUGCUGAUGAGGAAGAGCUGGGUUCUCAAAUUGAAGAAGCUAUUUUUCAAGAAUUAAAAAACACUGAUAUGAAAUACAAAAAUAGGGUACGAAGUAGAAUAGCGAAUCUCAAGGAUGCAAAGAAUCCUAACCUAAGGAAAAAUGUGUUAUGUGGGAACAUUCCUCCUGACAAGUUUGCCAAAAUGACAGCAGAGGAAAUGGCAAGUGAUGAGCUGAAAGAAAUGCGGAAAAACCUGACCAAAGAAGCUAUCAGAGAGCACCAGAUGGCUAAAACAGGAGGUACCCAAACUGAUCUGUUUACAUGUGGCAAGUGCAAAAAGAAGAACUGUACAUACACCCAGGUUCAAACCCGCAGUGCUGAUGAACCCAUGACAACAUUUGUUGUCUGUAAUGAAUGUGGAAACAGAUGGAAGUUCUGUUAGAAGAAGAAAUUGUCAAGACAUCUGGACCAGUAUGAAAGAGGAUUUUGUAAUUAGCUUUAAAAACUAGGCUAAGCAUCUAGCUUCCUGCAAAUGAGAGAUUUUUUGGGGUUUUAUUUUCUUUUUUUUAAAGCAGCUUAUAUGCCUGAAGUUAGCCUUUGUUUUGACACAACCAUCAUUUCCUUAAAUGCCUUCCCAUAGCUGAUAGUCAGUAGGGCCAGGUUGCUCAAUUGUAUGGUGAAUGUUAAAAUAUUUUUUCAUUUUUAUAAGUAAGUUGACAUUAAACUUUUCCCAAUUAAA